GGGGUUUUGACGUGUACAACGUGGAAACAGCGCUUCCCAAAAUUGAAUGGGACACCGUAGAGGCUAAUCUUCGAGCAGCCAGUGAGGAAGAGAAAAGGGACAUGUUACCUGCACUAUUCAUCGAUUGUGCACCCAUGAAUUUUGGGGGAACUAGAUCAGUUCCAAUACUACAUGUUAUUAAGAGAUUAUUUACUUUCAACCUAAAUACGCCACCGCAAUAAGAGAAAUUUAUUUUAUUUCACUCGGCCACUAUUUAAUUAGUCACGAUUUUUAUUCGGGAAUUAAAAACAUUAUCUAUUAAUUUUUAAAAUGAAUAAAAACAAAAACUCUUUAUUAAAGUGAAAUUUUUAAGAAGUAUAAAAAUUCGAUGGCCUAAGGAAAGAUGUCAUUUAAGAAAGUUGAGCCCAAAGAAAUCGCAUGUUAUUGGCCAGCAACGUACAUGCUUGACUGACGAAGUGUUAACCACAGAGGGUCGAGUUAGCAUAGCUUAUCCCUGUCCCCUAGGCUAUAUUACAUACACCCGCCUUCGCUUCCCCAGCCACAGUUAGAAUUGCUCCGUUUUUUUCUUUGCCUGUCGAUUCGACUGAAAGUUGGUUUUCUGUUCAUAAAUGAAAGAGCUACUGCUACUUGUUCAGUUCCAAUUGGAAAACUGAACAAGUUGGAUUCGUGAUCAAAAUUGUGGUGACUUCAGCUAAUACGAGUUGUGUAAAAAAUUGGCCUGGGAGUUGUUUCCACUCGAGUGUUUGUCAUAAGAAAUUUAAGUGUCCGUUAGAAUAUUAAAAGAAUGGGUAAUACGAGAUACGAUCCGUUCCGUCGCCAUUACAAGAAAGAUACACGAUUCCUACUCGAUCUCUACACUCUCACUUAUGACUCGGGAGAAAGUCUUUGCACGGGAGAUUGCAAGAAGCGAAAUGACCGAGAAGAAAUCAGGCGACGUUUGGCCAUGGGUGUUGAAGCUGAAGACGGACAAGAAUCGGAUAAAGGCAAAAGGCCAAGCUUGCAAUCCCGUCUUCAAAGUGUUUUCCCUUCAGGAAUGAAUCUGCAGAUUUGUUUUAUGAAUGAGACGGCAGACGGCGGUGACAUCGACAAUCAAAAGGAGCUGUUAGAUAAUUUAAAAUUGGGUUCUCCUCAGAGUGACAUAAAAAAUCCAUAUGUCAGCCUACCAGUCGUAUCCAGUCUCAAGCAACCAAAACUGCAGCAGGAGCUAGCUGAAUUGGACUUUUUCUCCCAACAAGCCAAGCUUCAAAUGGAAGCACGCACUGCUCUAGCCCAAGCAAAAGAAUUAGCGCGUGUCCAAAUGCAAGUAGAACGUCAACAAAGAAAACACACCAGGAUAAGCGACCUUGUUAGGCAGAGUUUAGAGAAGUUGGGAAUUCCAUUUCCAUGGGACUGUCGUCGUCUCAGUCGUCAAAUAUUGACCGAGCUUAACAUCGCUCAAUUACAAGUCAUUGUAAACGAUCUACAUACUCAGAUAGAAGGAUUAAACGAAGAGCUCGUUCAACUUCUGCUAAAGCGAGAUGAUUGCCAUAUGGAACAGGAUUCUAUGUUAGUGGAUAUUGAAGAUCUUACACGUUUUUUGACAGCAAAACAAGCAGCCUUAGAUGCAUCUAGUCGGAUCGCAGGUCCUGUGUCCCUCCCAGUUCAAGCAGUCCAGAUGAAUUCGCCGUCCCCGUAAAACAUCAGGCAUUACUUGUCUUUGGUCCAUGUUUUUUUAUUCUAUAAUAGCAAUCAAAAUCCCUCUUUUCAUUUUUGUCCUACUUGAAUUAACAUGCUUCGUCAUCAUUACGACACGUUUUCUCUCCUUCACUCUCUUUCACUUUCUUUCUGCUUUUAGUGUAUUUUUUCUUAUUUCGUAAUUAAAUUUCAUAGUAUCUGAACAGUGAUGGACAGUGAAUACUUAGAUUAGCUAUUUCUUCAGUUCAGUGUACAAAAUGUUUUCCCAUAUUCGACACAUUACAUAUAGCUUUAAACAGCAA